AUGGAUCGGCUCAUUAUCUUCGCCUGGCUCGCGGCGGCGGUCAUGGCAGUCACUAUUGACUAUGCUGCUCUUCCAUCUCAUCCGCGACUUAUAUUCAAUGAGAAGAGAAUUGACGCAGUCCUUUCCAUGAAUAAAACCGACACCUACUACCAAGACAUUCUUGCCCGUAUUCAACGCAGCGCCGACGUCACAGUGGCUAGCCCUUUGUCCAUCACAUCCGCCGAGAGUUGGUCAAGUUCUAUUCGGAUGGACGUUGGUGCAGUUGCCGGAACCUACCUUUUGACCAAAAACACCACUUACUCCGACUGGGUUGCCGAGAGUAUUCUCUUACUCGCGAAUCUCCCCGACUGGGACCCCUCCGACUACAUGGAUACUGCGGAUAUUGCCAUGACGGUGUCUCUUGGAUACGACUGGAUUUACGACACGUUGACCGUGGCGCAUCGCAAAAAGAUCCAAGCUGCUAUCAUAGAACUGGCGUUUCUACCUGCGUUGAACUCCUCAAUAAAUUCAUGGAGUGAACACACAAAUAACUGGGCGCAGGUCACUCAUUGUUCCUUAAUUAUGGCUACUCUGGCAAUUGGACAAGCCCACCCUAAACUUGCGCAUGAGAUACUUGAAUUCUCGUUCCCCAAGUUGAAUACCUCCUUGGAACAAUAUGCCCCCGAUGGUGGCUGGGUCGAAGGAUACUCAUACGGUACAUAUGCUGGGAUCUUCCUGGGCCUGAUGAUGGGGUCUUUGGACACUGCCCUGGGUGACGAUCUAGGUAUCUCGGGUUUAUCUGGAAUGAGUAACGUUGGUGCCUGGCUCACACACACCUUCGGUAAUGUCGGAGGCUUUGGCUGGGCAGAUGGGUCCUGGGAAUUCAGCAAUGCAGACAGCCUUUGGAGUGUUGGAUAUUGGGCACAGAAGUUCAACAAGCCUCAGUGGCUCCAAGGAAUGCUCUCCCGCUUUGAUUCAUCAGAAGUUUCAUCCUUCCAGGCCUUCCUUUUCUACAACUCAUCUCUCAUGACUCCAAACCUGUUGCCGACGAUGCAGCUGUAUGAUCAGUUCCGUGGAGUAGGAGCCAUGACCUAUCGCACGUCCUGGGAGAACUCUAGCGCCUGGUUUUUUGGGCUGACAGCUGGAUUCAAAGGGCGCUCACAUGGACAUCUUGAUGCUGGUUCCUUUGUUAUCGAUUAUAACGGCUAUCGCUGGGCAGAGCUUUUAGGAUCCGAUAGUUAUGAUCUAACUGAUUACUUUGAAGCCCCCAAACGCUGGACUUACUAUCGAUGCAGAACUGAAGGGGCAAAUACCCUCAGCAUAUCAGAGAAAACCCAAACCGAGUUGCAUUUUGCCAACCAAAUCCCUUCAUCCAACAACUCUCUGCUGUGGGCAGGCAGCUUCGACAGCUCUAGCCGCUUUGGAAUCACAAAUUUGACAAGUGCGUAUUCGAACGUGACCACGAGCGUGAUGCGGGGUGUUGCAUUCACAAAUGGCUCUCAAAUAAUUAUUCGCGACGAAGUCCGCGCAUCCAGUGCUGUCGAUGUCGCGACAAGCUGGCACACUACAGCCACCGUGAAGAUCGGUAGCGGCAAAAAGUCUGCCACUUUGACUCACGAAGAUACUGUUUUGAAGGUCACGCUACUAUCGCCAUCCGAUGCUUAUUUGCACCUGGUAGAUACGGACCCGUGCAGUGCCUACAGUCCUUGUUAUGAAAUGACAAAUAGCGGCAUCUACAAUCUGGCUGUCAGGCUUGAGAAUUUGGCCAAGGAGGCGGAUAUCCUACUUGCCGUAACUGAGGUUGGACAAACAGUUCAUGACUUCGACUUGCCGUUGGAAGAAUGGUAUCCCGCUUGUGAAGAAGAUUGCUGGGAGUCAGCUAAUAUUGAGGUACCGCACUGGCUGCGGAAUUCAGAGACUUAUUUCUAA